AUGAAAUCAUUCUUUUUAACUCUGGCCACGGGCUUCAUGCUCAGUGGUAUGGGCCUUGCGUUUCCAGUGGAGGGAACUGACUCCCAAGAUCCUGGCUUUCUUGCUUUCCUUUCUAAGCGAGCCAUAAUAAGUACAGACAACACUUGCGGAAAUUCGUUCGCAGGAGCAAACAAUAGCUAUUCAUGUGACGCUACUGUAAACACGGGAGGAUGCUGUUCGGCCUAUGGAUAUUGUGGUAACACAACUGACUACUGCGGAGCUGGUUGCCAAACUGCCUUUGGAACUUGUACCGGAACAACAGUCCAACCUUCAGAAAACACUUUCACAUGCGGAGCGAGCAAUGGUGGGCUUUCUUGUACUGGAGGACUUUGCUGUUCUACAUCGGGAUAUUGUGGAAACACAACAGAUUAUUGUGACGUAGGAUGUCAGUCUGCAUUUGGAACUUGUACCACUGCUGCUGCCGAGCCAACCACAGGAGGAACUUGUGGUCCAAACUUUGGUGGUGCAACUUGUGGAGGAAACCAAUGCUGUAGUGUUUCCGGAUACUGCGGAACCACCCAAGACUAUUGUGCUGAUCCAGGAAGCUGCUUACUUGGAUAUGGAAGAUGCGACUCAGAUGCAACGCCUGCCGGAGCAUCAACUCUUAAUGUUGCAAGACCAUUGACAGGACCUAUCACCUACACGGAUGACAUCUAUGACUGCGUGCAAAAUAAUGUCGUAGCUCUUACUUACGACGAUGGUCCAUACAAUUAUACAUCCGAUCUCCUCGACAUUCUAAAGUCGUAUGGUUAUCAAGCGACAUUUUUCAUCACCGGAAACAACAACGGAAAAGGAGAAAUCGAUACUACCGCUCCCUAUCCAUCUUUGAUUCAACGUAUGAUUGCUGAAGGACAUCAAGUUGCAUCUCAUACCUGGAGUCAUUACUCUCUUUCAAAUAUAUCACACGACCUUCGAAUGCAACAGAUGGUGAAGAAUGAGAUGGCCUUCAAUAACAUCAUCGGAAAAUGGCCAACUUACAUGAGACCUCCUUAUUCUGAUUGUACUGAGGCAUCAGGAUGCUGGGCAGAUAUGCAAACUCUAGGGUACCACAGGGUCUAUUUCGAUUUGGACACCCAGGAUUAUUUAAACCCCUUGCCAUCGCAAAUUCAGAACUCCAAGAACAUUGUACAGAAAGCACUUGCUGCAACAGCUGUUCAAGACUACCUGUCUAUCCAGCACGAUAUUGUACAGCAAUCUGUUGGCAACCUUUCCACCUACUAUUUCGAUCAAAUCAAGGCCAGAGGAUGGAAGGGCGUUACGGUUGGUGAUUGUUUGGGUGACACCGAUAGAACAAAUUGGUAUCGCUCUCUCACCUCCGGUUCAACCGCGUCAUCUUCUGUUGCAGUCUCAUCCCAAAGCGCUUCUACAAGCGCAAAGACUAGUGGUACAUCAGGAACUAGCGCUACAACUGCCAAAAGUUCUACUGUAUCCGCGACUAUAACAACUUUAAAACCCACAAGCUCUGUAAAGAGUUCAACGACGGUCAAGCAAUCGACUUCGACGACUUUACCGACGCCAACCGUAGUCCCAACCCCGGCGGCAACAUGCGCUGUGACAGUUGGAAAAUGGUGUGGUAAGGUUACCCCUUUCAACACCAUGUUGACAUGCCAAAAAUCAGCCGCUGCCUGUUAUGCAGACACCUUAAAAUGUGCUACAACUGCUGGCUGGAAGAAUCUUUCAAAAUGCGCUGCUUUCACCAAAAUUUGUGAGAAGCUGCCACUUUAUUGUCUGACAUGUGUCAAAGCCGGUUGUUCGAAUACGGCUUUUGGUUAUUAA